UGCCGGGCUGUUCCCUUGGAGGAAAGUGGCUCCCUGGUCAAGAGCGCAGUUGGAUUCGUCAUUAAACGCCAGAAUCAGCAGCAGCGCUGCAGCGUCGGUGGCGCCUUCUGGGGUCUGCCAGCACAUUUCCUACUCUGCAAGCCUUCGGCCUGGGCAUAGUGAUCCCUAUUUGGCUUCGCUCAUUCUAUGAACUUCGCUCCUUCUGAACAUGUCCUCAGAAUGCUGAAAACCAUUCCCAGAAGCAGAGAAGGGAUGAGGACUCCGUGAAAGGCAAAGAGAUCAAAUAUGGAACAGCAAGACCCAGCUACCCCUGAAGCAGGACUUGGCCCUGAUGCCAUCAAGACUGAGACCCAUGGGGACGAAUUUUUGGGGGGAAACGUGCAGAAGAUCUUGGGGGAGAACCCUCUCAGCUCAGAUGUGCAGCGCCAGCAGUUCCGGUGUUUCCGCUUCCAGGCAGCUGAGGGGCCCCGAGAGGCUUGCAGCCGACUCCACCUUCUUUGCCGUGAGUGGCUGAAGCCAGAGCGACACUCAAAGAACCAGAUCCUGGACCUGGUGAUCCUGGAGCAGUUCCUGGCUGUCCUGCCCCCAGAGAUGGAGAGCUGGGUGAGGGAAUGUGGGGCUGAGAGGAGUUCCCAGGCUGUGGCCCUGGCAGAAGGUUUCCUCCUGAGCUGGGCAGAGGACGAGAAGCAGGCAGAGCAGCAGGAAAAGGGUCUGUGUGCAGAAAUAGGAACUGAUUUCCCUGAGGCAGAGAGGACUCCAUCGGACACCAGGAAGAGGCUUCUGGGGGAUGGAAUCAUGUCAGUGAGACCUAAUAAGUCAUCUCCCCUUUCUGGUGGAGGAGAAGCUCUUGCUAUCGCCCCAUAUCAGGAUCCAGUGUCUUUGGAGGAUGUGGCUGUGAAUUUCACGGUAGAGGAGUGGGCUUUGCUGAAUCCUGACCAGAGAGCUCUGCAUAGCGAAGUCAUGGGAGGGAUUUGUGGGACUUUGUCCUGUCUUGAAGGUGAGGAAUGGAAAGCCAAGAGGAAGGGAGAUCUUUGUGGAAAAGAGAGACAGGAAAGAGACAGAUCUGAAAACAAGGAAGAGCAGAGAAGGAAUCCUGAAGCAGAAGAGAAAAGGAGGAAUAAAUCUUGCGCUUCUUACGGCAGUGGCUACCAUAAAACUGCCAUCCAAGAAAAAACAGAUCAAAGAAUGAGAAGAAAUAAAUAUCUUCAUUGUUCGAAAAGUCUGAAUUCUAAAAGAAAGUGUAAAAAAGCCCACUACAAAAACCAGAAAAGGGAGAAAGCAUAUCAAUGUUUGGAAUGUGAAAGGAGGUUUAGCUGCAAGGCAAGUCUCAUUUUGCAUCAAAGAAUGCACACUGGUGAGAAACCAUGUGAGUGCUUAGAAUGUGGAAAGAGCUUUCGUCGGAAGACACAUCUGACUUGCCAUCAAAGAAUUCACACGGGGGAGAAACCAUAUAAGUGCCUAGAAUGUGGAAAGAGCUUCCGCAGGAAACAGCAACUCACUGCCCAUCAAAGAAUUCACACUGGUGAGAAACCAUAUAAGUGCUUAGAAUGUAGCAAGAGCUUCCACUGGAAACACUUACUCACUGCCCACCAAAAAAUUCACACCGGGCAGAAACCAUAUAAAUGCCUAGAUUGUGGAAAGAACUUCCAUCAGAAGAGAAAUCUGACUUGCCAUCAAAGAAUUCACACUGGAGAGAAACCAUAUAAGUGCUUGGAAUGUGGAAAGAGUUUUCGUCGGAGGACACAUCUGACUUGCCAUCAAAGAAUUCACACGGGGGAGAAACCUUUUAAGUGCUUGGAAUGUGGAAAGAGGUUCCGCUGGAAACACUUACUCACUGCCCACCAAAAAAUUCACACCGGGCAGAAACCAUAUAAAUGCCUAGAUUGUGGAAAGAGCUUCCGUCAGAAGAGAAAUCUGACUUGCCAUCAAAGAAUUCACACUGGAGAGAAACCUUUUAAGUGCUUGGAAUGUGGAAAGAGCUUCCAUCAGAAGACACAUCUGACUUUCCAUCAAAGAAUUCACACGGGGGAGAAACCUUUUAAGUGCUUGGAAUGUGGAAAGAGCUUCCAUCAGAAGACACAUCUGACUUGCCAUCAAAGAAUUCACACGGGGGAGAAACCUUUUAAGUGCUUGGAAUGUGGAAAGAGCUUCCAUCAGAAGAUACAUCUGACUUUCCAUCAAAGAAUUCACACGGGGGAGAAACCUUUUAAGUGCUUGGAAUGUGGAAAGAGCUUCAGCAGGAAACAAGCACUCACUUUCCAUCAGAGAACUCACACUGGGGAGAAACCAUAUUAGUGCUUAGAAUGUGGAAAGAGCUUCCGUAGGAAAAACCAACUCACUCCCCAUCAAAGUAAUCACACUGGGGAGAAACUGUAUAAAUGCUUGGAAUGUGGAAAGAGCUUCAGAUGGAAAUGUCUACUCACUUCCCAUCAGAGAACUCACACUGGGGAGAAACCAUAUAAGUGCUUAGAAUGUGGAAAGAGCUUCAGUUGGAAACAGCAACUCACUGCCCAUGAAAGAAUUCACACUGGGGAGAAACCAUAUAACUGCUUAGAAUGUGGAAAGUGCUUCAGUUGGAAACAGCAACUCACUGCCCAUGAAAGAAUUCACACUGGGGAGAAACCAUACAAGUGCUUAGAAUGUGGAAAGAGCUUCCGUAGGAAAAACCAACUCACUGCUCAUCAAAGUAUUCACACUGGGGAGAAGCCAUAUGAAUGCCUGGAAUGUGGAAAGGGCUUUACUAGAAAUUCCUCUCUCACUUUGCAUCAAAGAAUUCACACAGGGGAGAAACCAUAGAACUGCUUGGAACAUAAAAAGAGCUUCAGAUGUAGCACAAGUCUUUAUUGUCAUGAAAGAUUUCAGCAAUGGGGAAACCAUAUUAUGAGUGUAGAACAAGGGGUGGCUGACCUGUUGCCUGUGAGUGUUUUGGAGGCCUGCAGAGACCUUCAGUAGCAUCCCCCAACGCCCGUGCACUGUGGGAUGUUAGAGAACAGAUCCUGACCUUCCCCUGUGUGAUCCUGGCCUCCCUUCUCUUUUCACACUACACUGCCCUCACCCAGAACCCAUCCCCCCUUUCUUUGUAGAGUGAAUUCUGAUUUUCCCAAUCUUGGGAAAAUCCUAAAAUAAAAAUACAAAUUCCAUCCGCUGCUCCCUGGUUGGUGCUGCUGGUUGCAUUCUCUUUAGCUGAGGUGGAACCAGAAAGAGCUGUGAACUAUUAAUAUGAAGGGGCCUGAGUUUGUCAUGUCCAUUAAUUUUAAAGGAUCCACUCUGAGGUGGAAGUUGGGUGCAACCCACAUAUUAGUUUUACGACUCUUUUGUGCAAAUCUGUUAUUUUGAAAACCUUGUAUUUUUUAACAAAAUAAAUUCAUGCCCACAAUGGA